AUGUCUUCAGUGGUAUAUUAUAAAUUUCUACAUCAAAAGAACAAGAGUGUAAUACACUUUGAUGGUACAGCAAUAAGUGUAUUUGAUUUAAAGAAAGAAAUUAUAACUCAAAAUCAAUUAGGAUCUGGAGUUGAUUUUAAUUUAAAAUUAUAUCAUUCAGAACAACCAGAAACAGAAUAUGAAUUAGAUAAUGAUGUUAUACCAAGAUCAAGUUAUGUUUUAGCUAAAAGAUCACCUGCAAAUUCAAGAAUGGGUAAAUUUAAUAAUGCUUCAAGAUAUAUAACCGGAAAACCAAGAAUAAAUAGAAAAGUUUUAAAUACAACUAAUGCCACUGCAGCUGCAACUACUAAUGCAAUCCCAACAACUCAAUUAGGUGAAAAUGCAACAGAAGAAGAAAGGAUAAAAUUGAUGUUUGAAAAUCAAUCAAAUGCUUGGGCUCAAACUCAAGAUGAUUUAGCACAACAUAAAAUGAUUUAUUAUAAACCAACUUCAACAACAAGUGGAACAAAUCAAAAUGAUGUACCUCCACCUGGAUAUAUAUGUUAUAGAUGUGGUAAAAAGGAUCAUUGGAUAAAAAAUUGUCCUACAAAUAAUGACCCUAAUUUCGAAGGUAAAAAAAUUAUGAGAACAACAGGUAUACCCAAAUCAUAUUUGAAAACCAUAUCUCGUGAAGAAGUAGAAAAAAAUUCAACUAAAUUUUCAACCAAUGAUGAUGGUGAUAUAAUAGAUAAUGAAGGUAAUGCAAUAUUAAUAACUGAAGAAGGUGAAUAUGCAAUUGCAAUGGCAGAUUCAAAAACAUGGACAAAUUAUCAAACAAAAUUACAAAAUGCAGCAAUGAAAUCAAAACAAGAAUAUGAUUCAAGAUUAGUUUCAUUAGUUAAAAAAUAUAAUAAACCAGAAUUUAUAGAUGUGCUAUCAACAAAUUAUGAAAAAGUAUUACAACCACCAAUUUAUAUGACUCCAUGUUGUCAAGAUAAUUCAAGUUUAAAAAAUUUAAAAAAUUUUAAUUACAAUCAAACUGAAAUAGAAAAUACUCUUAUAGAAAAUGAUUUCCAUUGUCCAAAUUGUGGUAAAAGUGAUAUUUAUAUUGAUUCAUUAAUUAGAAAUGAAAAUCUAGAAAAGGAAUUGAAAGAAUUUAUAGAAUCUAAAGAAUCUGAAAUUGGAAUGCAAGAUCCUAAUAAAAGAUCAUUAGAAGAUGCUAGUUUAGAUGAUGGUGAACCAAGUAAUAAAAAACAAAAACAAGACAAUUUACAACAACAACAACAACAACAAUUUCCUCAACAACCACCUCAAUUUCCUAUGGGAAUGAUACCACCACCACCAUUUGGAAUGCCAAUACCUCCAAUCAAUUUUCCGCAAAAGUAA